AUGGCCAGUUUCAAAACAUUACAGCUCGUGCUGGUCAUGCUUGAUAUUUAUCCCUCGAGCUUCGAAAGGAUGGCACGAUCGAUAGUGAGUGCUGCAUCACAAUUGGACGAGCUCCUCACAGACUCCUAUCAGAAGUCCAGAAUCAUCUCAUUAUGUAUCAGAAUCGAGCGGAGAAUCAUGGGCCAGAAUACUGUCCAGCUAGCUAGGGCGGACUGGAAACAGAUGGUCCUUGAGAGGCCUGAUCCUCGAGGCAUGGCUGAGACAGCUUCCUCUCUUUUGUCGCCCUCACCGGGGACGAACGAUCGGGGAUCUCAACAAUCCAGAAACGAAGAACUUACUCCGCAGCCACUUAGAACCAUCAAUUUCGAUCUCGAUACUAAGACGUCCGCUCGAUAUAGUGAUGAGGAUGCGCCUCCCAAUGGGCAUGAACUCGAUAACAUCGAUGUCAACCAGGAUGUCGAGCUCAGCAACACGAUCACAGAAGCUUAUCGUCGGCGGCAGAAUGAGAGAGCUCAGAACGAAAUCGAGAACGGACCGCUGCUCAUCGAGUCGCGUGAACCCAAGAAGGUUACAGAGCCGUCAACAAGGAGUGGCAAGGUAGUUUCCGAUCUUGUUCGAGACUCAAAGCUGGAGACGAUUAUUGCCAGCAACGGAAGUGUCGUCCGGCAUAUAUCGUAUGUAUCAAAUCCACGAAUGCGCCAGCGCCGUAUGAAGAAGGAGGAAACUUGGAGGCGGCAAAAAAAGCUUGGGAGUGGCUCCUUUGGUUGCGUUUGGCUAGAGGAGCGCAUUGAUGGAGAUGACACUGGGAGACUCCGCGCGGUCAAGGAGAUCACCAAGAGCCGAGAGGGGAAAGGGAGUGACAUUGAUUAUAACCGUGAACUAGAAGCCAUUGCUAAAUUUUCUCACUCAAAGUAUGUCCAUUGCUUUGUACAGUCCUCCGGCUGGUACGAGAGUGAGAACACAAUCUUCAUUACAAUGGAGUACAUUGAGAAGGGUGACCUUCAAAGCUACUUGGUACGCCCAUUCCCAGAGGAGGAAGUAAAGCAGAUUGCUUUUCAGCUUCUGGAGGGAUUAGAUUAUAUGCAUGAGAAUGGGUUCGCCCACCGGGAUCUAAAACCCGCUAAUAUUCUCGUGUCUGAACCCUCACCCAAGUGGUGGGUCAAGAUCAGCGAUUUUGGGAUUUCUAAAAGAGCUGAGGAGGAGGCCACUGCAUACCGCACGUUUGUUGGCACGAGGGGAUACCUUGCCCCAGAAAUUCUUGGCAUCUAUUCUUUAGCCGACAUGAAUAACAUCAGCUCGAGCCAGACUCUAGACGACUCCUCGAGUUUGUACACAGUCUCCGUGGAUCUGUGGGCACUCGGGGCAAUCAUAUACAGGCUACUCACCAACGAAAUCCUGUUCGGCGACCCUCGUGAUUUAGCAAAGUAUGUUGCGGGAGGUCACCCGUUUCCUCGUGCGACAGCCUCAGAGCUUGGCGCCAGUGAAGCCUGCGUGGAGUUUCUGGAAAGUAUCAUGGCUCGCUCGCCCACCAGCCGGCCCUCAUCAUCCGAAGCUUUGCUUCACCCAUGGCUAUCUGAGUUGCAAGAUCCAAUUGAUACAACAAUUGAUGCGUUGGAAGAACUGUAA